GUCCAAUUCAGUUAAUAUUCCAUAUGAUUAUGAAAUAUUCAAUAAAAUCUUUACGAUGCGAUAAUGACUCGAUAGUUAUAGGCUAUAGCUGAUAGUAUGUAAAAAUUGUGUGUUAUCUUAAGGUGUAAAUUGACAAUAACUGUAUCACGUAUGGUUUAUGCUUAAACCGCAUGAAUCUAUUCAUUAUAUUCUGUAUUUUUGAAAUUUUGUGGCCAAAUUCUGAAAAUUCAUUUAUAUUUAAACCUUAUAUCUUACAAUUAAAAUGACUUCAAUCAUAAAUUAUCCAUUUCGCAUUUGUAGAUCCAUCUUGGGUACUUCAUUGGCAACGGAAAGUAGGAUAAAUAGCUUAAUGGGCUACAACAUUUUGCAUCGUAAAGUGUCAGAUGCUGCAGCUGAUGAUAGUAAAGAACCAUUAAAAGAAAGUAAAAAUAAGAUUGAUAUUGAAGCCCUUGUAAAACAAAAUGAAGAUCUACACGAAGAAAACAAAAAUUUAACAGAAAAAGUCAGGAGGUAUUUAGCUGAAACAGAAAACAUACGCAAACGUACUGUUAAAGAAACUGCUGAUGCUAAAAUUUAUGCUAUUCAAGGAUUUUGUAAAGAUUUAUUAGAUGUUGCCGACAGUUUAAGUAAAGCUACUGAAUGUGUUCCGAAAGAAGAAGUAUCUGAUAGUAACCCACAUUUGAAACAUUUAUAUGAAGGCUUGGUGACUACUGAAUCACAAUUACAAACAAUUUUCCAGAGACAUGGGUUAAUGUCUAUAAAUCCUUUAAAUGAAAAAUUUGAUCCUAAUUGUCAUAAAGCUUUAUUUGAACAGGUUGUUGAAGGCAAAGAAGGAGGUAUUGUGGUUGUAGUUUCCCAAAUUGGAUAUAAAUUACAUGAACGUGUCGUGAGAGCAGCUGCUGUUGGAAUCAGCAAGGAUCCAAAUCAAUAAAAAUCUAUUAAGUUCUUAAUUUAAGUAUCUAUUGGAAUCAAUCUAAAAUCUAAUUAAUACACAACCCAUAGUGAAAUCAUGUAGUUUAUUUUUAUCACACAAUGAAAUUACUUUAUAGUGUUAACUAUUUACUAACCUUAUUCCAUGACUAGACGGGUCAAAAUUGUGUUAAGGAUUUACUAAAAAAGAUAAUUAUAAUUUUUGUUAUACUUUAUUU